CGAAAUGAGUAGGUCUUAAUCUCAAUCAACAUACGUGGUUUCUAAUUUGGCAGUUUUAGAGGUUCUUACAACUCUUCUAAAAAGCUUCUUUAUUCAUAUUUGUCACCUUCUUCUUGCAUAACUCAGCUACACUUUCAGACAUUGUUUCUUUUAUUAAUCAGUGCACUAAUACCCCACACCCCAACCAUUUGCCUUAUCUCCUCUUAUUGUCUUUUCUCUAAUCAUUUUUGCCUUCCUACUAAGACCCCAUAUAUUUUCUUCUCACUUACUGGACUAAAACUAGCAAACUCUUCAUUCAGAAACUUCUUUUUCUUUUUUUCCAUAUCUGGUGAGUGACACUGCAAAUUCCCUUUUCCUUUUGGGGGUUCUCAUUCAAACUUUUGAAUUCUUUUGGCUACUGAAGAAAACAAAAGUUUGAAGAGGCAAAUAUUUGAAGCUUUCUGCUUCUUUAUGUGUGAAUAAACUCUUCUCAGAAAGAAAAUCAUCUUACUAUUUCAGCUACUUCUAGGAUGGACACCCAUCAUGGCAAUAAUGGAGCACCUGAUUGGAUUUCUCCCCUCAUGAAAUGACCCUUUUGCCCCUCCAAUAUCAACAAUGGCCAGAAUCCAAAAACUCCAAAACUCCCUCCCAAUUCUUGCUAUUUUCUUGUUUUUGAAUUUUUUUGUCCAGCCAUCCAAGUCCUUAACUGAAGAAACUCAGGCUCUUUUACAUUUCAAAGAUCAGCUCAAUGAUCCUUUGAGUUACUUAGAUUCUUGGAAGAAUUCAGAAUCACCUUGUAACUUUUAUGGAAUUACAUGUGAUAAAAAUACUGGUCUUAUUACUGAAAUUUCCCUUGAUAAUAAGUCCCUUUCUGGAGUGAUUUCCCCUUCAAUUUUUACACUCCAAAGUCUCACUUCUCUUGUGCUACCCUCAAAUUUACUAUCAGGGAAACUUCCAAGUGAACUUACCAACUGCACCAAUCUCAGAGUCUUGAAUGUCACUGGAAAUAACAUGAAUGGAACGAUACCUGAUUUAUCUAAGUUGACUAACUUAGAAGUUUUGGACUUGUCUAUAAACUACUUUUCAGGAGAAUUCCCAACUUGGUUUGGAAAUUUGACUAGUUUGGUUGCGUUAGGCCUCGGGGAUAAUGACUUUAUUGAAGGUAAAAUUCCCGAGACUCUUGGGAAUUUAAAGAAAGUGUAUUGGCUUUACCUGGCAGGCUCAAAUUUGAUAGGAGAAAUCCCAGAAUCCAUUUUUGAAAUGGAGGCACUAGGAACAUUGGAUAUUUCAAGAAAUCAGAUUUCUGGGAAUUUUCCAAAGUCUAUAAACAAGCUGAAAAAUUUAUGGAAAAUUGAGCUGUUUCAGAAUAAUUUGACAGGAGAACUGCCUGUAGAACUUGCAGACCUCUCUCUUUUGCAAGAAUUUGAUGCCUCUAGCAACCAGUUGCAUGGGACGUUGCCUCGGGGAAUUGGGAACCUGAAGAAGUUAACAGUUUUUCAAAUAUUCAAGAAUAACUUCUCUGGUGAAAUUCCUCCUGGUUUCGGAGAAAUGCAAAAUCUUGUUGCCUUUUCUGUGUACAGGAACAGUUUUUCUGGUGCAUUUCCAGCAAAUCUUGGUCGGUUUUCGCCCCUGAAUAGCAUAGACAUAUCUGAAAACAAGUUCACUGGUGAAUUCCCAAAGUACUUGUGUCAAAAUGGGAACCUGCAGUUUUUGCUAGCUAUUGAGAACAGUUUCUCAGGGGAAUUUCCGAGUACUUAUUCCUCCUGCAAGCCUUUACAAAGAUUGAGGGUCAGUAACAAUCAACUUUCUGGUAAAAUUCCUAAUGGUGUAUGGGGACUUCCCAAUGUAUUGAUGCUGGAUUUCAGUGAUAAUGAAUUCAGUGGAACUAUGACUCAAGAAAUUGGAGCUGCUACUAGCUUGAAUCAGUUGGUAUUAUCAAACAACAGAUUUUCAGGUGAGGUUCCAAAAGAACUUGGAAAACUCACAGAAUUGGAAAGGCUGUACUUGGAUAACAACGAAUUCUCGGGUGCGAUACCUUCUGAACUUGGUAAACUAAACCAAAUUUCAUCUUUGCAUUUGGAGAAAAACUCAUUCUCAGGGAAAAUCCCAUCAGAAUUGGGUGAAUUUCUUAGGCUUGCAGACCUGAAUCUUGCUUCCAAUCUUCUUACAGGUAGCAUUCCCAAUUCCUUAUCAACAAUGACCUCUUUGAACUCUCUGAAUCUUUCACACAACAGACUCACCGGUACAAUACCGACUACCUUGGACAAUCUGAAGCUGUCUUCAUUGGAUCUCUCUAACAACCAGCUAUCAGGAGAAGUUUCAGUAGAUCUUUUAACAAUGGGAGGAGACAAGGCAUUUGCUGGUAACAAAGGACUUUGUAUUGAUCGAAGCAUAAAAUUCUCGAUGAACUCACGCUUAGGUGUUUGUAGUGGGAAGGCUGGCCAACAUAAGUUAAACAAACUAGUUGUGUCUUGCAUUGUGUUGCUUUCCUUAGCGGUUCUAAUGGGUGGUUUAUUGCUCGUCAGCUACCUAAACUACAAGCAUAGUCAUGAAGCAGAUGAUGAAGAAAAACUGGAGGAAGGCAAGGGAACAAAUGCAAAGUGGAAGCUUGAGAGCUUCCACCAUGUGGAAUUUGAAGCAGAUGAAGUUUGUGACUUCGACGAGGACAAUUUGAUCGGAAGUGGAGGUACAGGAAAAGUUUAUCGGUUAGACUUGAAGAAAGGUUGUGGAACAGUAGCUGUGAAGCAAUUGUGGAAAGGGAAUGCUGUGAAAGUUUUGACAAGGGAAAUGGAAAUUUUGGGGAAAAUCAGGCACAGGAAUAUAGUUAAGUUGUAUGCCAGUUUAGUGAAAGAAGGUUCAAAUAUCUUGGUUUUCGAGUACAUGCCAAAUGGUAAUCUUUUCGAGGCACUGCACCGAGAGAUCAAGGGUGGCAAGCCGGAGUUAGAUUGGUAUCAGAGAUAUAAAAUAGCACUUGGAGCUGCAAAAGGAAUUGCUUAUCUACACCAUGAUUGUUGCCCUCCUAUUAUUCAUAGAGAUAUCAAAUCAACCAACAUUCUACUUGAUGAGGAGUAUGAAGCAAAAGUGUCAGAUUUCGGGGUUGCAAAAGUUUCCGGAAUUUCUUCUAGGGGAUCCGAGUUUAGUUGUUUCGCUGGCACUCAUGGUUACAUGGCUCCUGAAAUGGCAUACACUCUCAGAGUAACAGAAAAGAGCGACAUUUACAGCUUUGGUGUCGUGCUAUUAGAGCUAGUAACUGGAAGAAAACCAAUAGAAGAAGUCUAUGGAGAAGGUAAAGACUUGGUCUACUGGACCUCAACUCAUUUAGAUGACAAGGAAAGAGUCAUAGAAGUUCUUGAUAAAAAGGUGGUUUCUGAACUUGUUCAAGAUGACAUGAUCAAAGUGUUAAGAAUUGCCACACUUUGUACUACAAAGCUUCCAAAUUUGCGCCCCAGCAUGAAAGAAGUUGUCAAUAUGCUUGUUGAUGCUGAACCUUGGAUAUUUAGGUCUUCAAGCAAAUCUGAGAAAAAGGGGUACAGUUUUUCUGAGGUCUAGUUUUUUCUGUGUUCCUUUCUUUUUUACUUUUCUUUUUUUGUUUUUCCCUGUUAAUAGUUGCUAUGUAGUAUAAUUCUCAAGUUAGUUUCAGGUACCUGAUAUACAUAAAUAUAUACCAUGUGAAAUGAUAUUCCACUUUAUUUGUGUAAAA